GCAAAAGCACCGAGCCCUCGUAUACAUACCACAACCAUCGCUCCCCUUCCUCUCGCUCUAGGGUUUUUGCGACGAGGAGAAAACCCUAGCGCCAUGGACGGGGAAGACGAGUCCCUGGGCGCGGUGAUGGUGGACGACCCCGCGUUCCCCAAUGGCUCCGUCGACUCCGACGCCGCGCGCGCCACCGUGGUGGGCGGCGGCGAUCAGAUGGACGUGGAGGCGUACGCGGCGCUCUACACGGGGCGCACGCGCGUGGCGCGGCUCCUCUUCAUCGCGGAGCGGUGCGGGAGCGAGGCGGUGCAGCUCGAGGCCCUCCGCAUGGCCUACGACGAGAUCCGCAAGGGCGAGGACUCCCACCUCCAUCGCGAGGUCUCCGCCAAGAUCGCCGGGCGCCUUGGCCCUCAAUACGUUCUCGACCAGGCUUGGGCCGACUCCGUCGAUCGCCGCGCAGAGCAGCGCAAGGAGAAGCUCGAGAACGAGCUCAAUGGUUACAGGACAAACUUGAUAAAAGAAAGCAUCAGAAUGGGUUACAAUGAUUUCGGCGACUUCUACUAUGCUCACGGUCAACUUGGAGAUGCUUUUAAGAGCUAUGUCCGAACUCGCGAUUAUUGCACUACAUCUAAGCACAUAAUUCAGAUGUGUUUGAAUGUGAUUCUUGUUAGCAUUGAGUUGGGCCAAUUCAUGCAUGUCUCGAAUUAUGUCAGUAAAGCAGAACAAACUCCGGACUCUUUGGAUGCUGUUACGAUUGCAAAGCUACGAUGUGCUGCAGGAUUAGCCAACUUGGAAGCAAAGAAGUAUAAGCUUGCUGCUCGCAAGUUUAUUGAAACAGGGCCCGAACUUGGAAAUAACUAUACAGAAGUGAUAGCACCCCAAGAUGUUGCAGUGUAUGGUGGACUUUGUGCUCUUGCUUCUUUUGACAGAACAGAGCUGAAGAAGAAAGUUAUUGACAACAUUAACUUCCGAAACUUUUUAGAGUUAGUUCCUGAAGUGAGGGAACUUAUCAAUGAUUUCUAUGCAAGCCGCUAUGCUUCAUGCCUGGAAUAUCUGGAGAAUCUGAAACCGAAUUUGUUGCUUGAUAUCCAUUUACAUGAUCACGUCAACACACUGUACACCGAAAUCCGCCACAAAGCUAUCAUUCAGUACACACUUCCUUUUAUAUCUGUCAAUCUCCACACAAUGGCCGGUGCUUUCAAGACAAGUGUUACUGGACUGGAGAAAGAAUUGGAAGUGCUGAUCACCAACAACCAGAUUCAAGCCCGAAUAGACUCGCACAACAAAAUUCUCUACGCGAGGCACGCCGAUCAAAGAAAUGCGACGUUCCAGCGCGCCCUACAAACUGGCACAGAGUUUGAGAGGGAAAUUCGAGCGAUGCUGUUGAGGGCCAACCUCAUUAAACACGAGAGCAACCUUAAGUCAGCAAGAAAACUUUGAACCAGUAAGACGAUCUUCAUUACGAGCUCUUUCGCUGAUAUUUCUCCUGAAUUGGACUUUUAACCUUCUCUUCCUGAUGAAAGAUGAAUUUUGUUAUUUUGUGUUUGGAAGUCAAUCCAUCGGUAUCGUGUAAUGGUGAGUUUUAGAACCGAGACUCCGGUCAUCAUGGUUGCUGUAAUUUAGUGUAUAUACCUUCGACCUUCAAGAGCGGAUUAUUUUCUUGACACUUACUGCCCCAUUUGGUAGCAGUAUCUACUAUACCAUUUAGCAGCUGUUGAAGGAAAUAUAUUUGAGAUUAGUUAUGUCACAUGGAGCUAAUUACAAUUUUCUUGCU